AUGGCAGCUUACGAGCAGGUCCAGAAGGGUCCCCUGAAACUGAAAGGCGUCGCAGAGCUCGGCGUGACCAAGCGGAAGAAGAAAAAGAAGGACAAAGACAAGGCGAAACUUCUGGAAGCGAUGGGAACGAACAAAAAGAACGAGGAAGAGAAGCGGCGUGGCCUGGACAAGAGGACCCCUGCCCAGGUGGCCUUCGAGAAGAUGCAAGAGAAGCGGCAAAUGGAAAGGAUCCUGAAGAAAGCAUCUAAAACCCACAAGCAGAGAGUGGAGGACUUCAACAGGCACCUGGACACACUCACGGAGCAUUACGACAUCCCCAAAGUCAGCUGGACCAAGUAG